AUGGAGAAGAGCACUGGCGGCGCUAGUGGCGGAGAGGCGGCGGAGGAGGCGAAGGUGCCUCUGCUGCAGCCACGGGCGGCGGUAGGAGGAGGAGGAGACAGCAAGGCGGGGGCGGAGGAGGAGGAAAGGGAGGCGGCGGCGGCGGCGGAGGCGGAGUGGUCGUCGCUGCCGCUGCGGCGGCGCGCGUGGGAGGAGAACAAGAAGCUGUGGGUGGUGGCGGGCCCGUCCAUCUUCACGCGCUUCGCCUCCUUUGGCGUCACCGUCAUCAGCCAGGCCUUCAUCGGCCACAUCGGCGCCACCGAGCUCGCCGCCUACGCACUCGUCUCCACCGUCCUCAUGAGGUUCAGCAACGGCAUCCUGCUGGGCAUGGCGAGCGCGCUGGAGACGCUAUGCGGGCAAUCCUACGGGGCGAAGCAGUACCACAUGCUGGGGAUCUACCUGCAGCGGUCGUGGAUCAUCCUCUUCGCGUGCGCCGUCGUGCUGCUGCCCGUCUACCUCUUCACGGAGCCGCUGCUGGUGGCGCUGGGGCAGGACCCGGAGAUCUCGGCUGUGGCGGGGACCAUCUCGCUGUGGUACAUCCCCGUCAUGUUCUCCUACGUCUGGGCAUUCACGCUGCAGAUGUACCUCCAGGCGCAGAGCAAGAACAUGAUCAUCACCUACCUCGCCGUGCGCAACCUCAGCCUCCACCUCGUCCUGUCAUGGCUCAUGACCGUCAGGUUCCACCUUGGACUCGCCGGGGUCAUGGGGUCCAUGGUCAUCGCCAUGUGGAUCCCCGUGUUUGGGCAGCUCGCCUUCGUCUUCUUCGGCGGCUGCCCUCUCACGUGGACAGGCUUCUCGUCUGCUGCGUUCGCUGACCUUGGUGCCAUCAUCAAGCUCUCGCUAUCUUCUGGUGUCAUGCUCUGUUUGGAGCUGUGGUACAACACCAUAUUGGUGCUCCUCACAGGAUACAUGAAGAACGCAGAGAUUGCACUUGAUGCCCUUUCGAUAUGCCUUAAUAUCAACGGUUGGGAGAUGAUGGUUUCCAUCGGCUUUUUGGCUGCAGCAGGAGUGCGAGUGGCAAAUGAGCUUGGAGCUGGAAGUGCAAGAAGGGCCAAGUUUGCGAUUUACAAUGUCGUCAUCAUUUCUUUGUCGAUCGGAUUUGUGUUGUUUGUGCUCUUCCUUUUCUUCCGUGGAAGCCUUGCCUACAUAUUUACUGAAAGUCAAGCGGUAGCUAAAGCAGUCGCUGACCUUUCGCCUCUGCUAGCCUUCUCCAUAUUGUUGAACAGUGUUCAGCCAGUGCUAUCAGGUGUCGCUGUUGGUGCGGGCUGGCAAAGUGUAGUCGCAUACGUUAACGUUACAUCAUACUACCUGAUUGGCAUUCCUCUUGGAGCAGUCCUGGGCUAUGUGGUGGGGCUUCAUGUAAAGGGCAUUUGGAUCGGAAUGCUGCUCGGAACACUAGUCCAAACUAUUGUGCUUCUCUUCAUAACAUUAAGGACCGACUGGGAAAAACAGGUGGUGACUGCUCAAGAGAGACUGAAGAAAUGGUACAUGGAAGAGAACAGAAGAAUGCAGGCCUCGAGGAGAAAUCCUUGA